AUGAAAGACGCGAAGUACUCAGACGUGUCCUGUCUUCUCACACUGGAUGAUGCUGUUUUACGGACCCAGCCGAUACCAGAGUGGCCACUAACAACGCUUCCAAUCAUGGAAAAGAGCUAAUUAAAAUUUUAAUGGAUAUAGAAUACUUAAAUCGGGGCACCAAGGACGCGUAAAAUCUUGGCACCGUGCGUAAAAAGGUGGAAUUGUUUGGAUAAGACAUACACAGCAAUAAAGCCGGACUAUUUUUCAUCAACGAAUUACUUGAUAUCUGAGUUAGGCAGUAUUAUGAUCUGGUACUUUAAUCUGCAAAUACAGCAGAGAUAAGAUACGGUGUUCAGGUGCCGCUCCCUGAUUCAGCACCGGAUGGCUCACCAACUCAGGCGCGUGGACAGGCUUUCGGAGCGCGCAAACAAGAGGUGCAUGACUCGCUCUCAUCCCGUCUAGGCAAGGCUAUAGUGCGAGGAGUGACGCAUACAUCGAUGCGGAGCUUUAGGGGAAAGUUAUUCAGUCAGAGUAUCGUCAUACUCACUCCCCGCCCACAGAAGUAAACGCAGCUUUACUAGGGGUACCGGGUGAAGUUCUCCUGAUAUGCCUCCCGGCUGCGAAGAUGCCAGGUUUCGCUCACAAAUCACGGUUUCAAGGUAACGUUUUGACAGCGGACGGAAAGGUCUCCGUGCUCUCCGGUGAAGUGGGACUUCUCAAUAGCAGAGUGCAACAUGGGACACGACCACCUGUUCUCUGCGAGGACGACCGUUCUCUACUUGCUGCUUUUGAGUCAGUCAGUUCUUUGUCACGAGAAGACCUACUCGCACGCCGAGGAUGAGCUCUUCAAGAAGUUGUUUGCCGUUUACAACAAGUGGUCGAGACCCGUGCCGAACAUCUCUGACGUCGUCAUUGUCAAGUUUGGACUGUCCAUCGCACAGCUCAUUGAUGUGGAUGAGAAGAACCAAAUGAUGACAACCAACGUGUGGCUUAAACAGGAGUGGAAUGACUACAAACUUCGCUGGAACCCAUCUGACUAUGACAACGUGACGUCCAUAAGAGUCCCAUCAGAGCUCAUAUGGGUCCCAGACAUUGUCCUCUACAACAACGCUGAUGGAGAGUUUGCCGUGACCCAUAUGACGAAAGCUCACCUAUUCCACACUGGUAAAGUCCGCUGGGUCCCUCCUGCCAUUUACAAGAGCUCCUGCAGCAUCGACGUCACCUUCUUCCCCUUCGAUCAACAGAACUGUAAAAUGAAAUUUGGCUCCUGGACGUACGACAAGGCCAAGAUCGACCUGGAGCGAACGGAAAACACGGUGGACCUGAACAACUACUGGGAGAGUGGCGAAUGGGCCAUCAUCAACGCCGUGGGGACAUACAAUACGAAGAAAUACGACUGCUGCCAUGAGAUCUACCCGGACAUCACCUACUUCUUCAUCAUUCGAAGGCUUCCCUUGUUUUACACCAUCAACCUCAUCAUCCCCUGUUUGCUGAUCUCCUGCCUCACGGUUCUGGUUUUCUAUCUACCCUCGGACUGCGGUGAGAAGAUCACCCUGUGCAUCUCCGUGCUGCUGUCCCUCACCGUUUUCCUUCUCCUAAUCACCGAGAUCAUACCGUCCACGUCCCUCGUCAUCCCGCUCAUCGGCGAGUACCUCCUCUUCACGAUGAUCUUCGUCACCCUCUCCAUCGUCAUCACGGUCUUCGUGCUCAACGUGCACCAUCGCUCCCCCAGCACUCACAAGAUGCCCCGCUGGGUCCACACCGUGUUCUUGAACCUGAUCCCACGCUGGCUGUUCAUGCGGCGGCCUGCGCCAAAUGGCCGGCGUCGCAGGCUGUUGCUGAUGCAGCAGGAAGCGGCGCUGGUGCGCCGGCAGGGACGGCUAACCGGGUUAAAAUCCAGCAACUGCCUCAGCACCUCGGCGACCUGGUUAAGAGAUGGGACCACGUCAGAGGACCCAGACAGGAGCUCUUAUGAGGAUUUAGAGCUGGGAACGCUAACGUCGUACUUCUCCUUUCGCCCUCCUUCGCCCAGACCUCCAGGGGCGACCCCUCCACCGCAACAGAAAAACCCACAGAACAGCCAGAACCAACAGGAAGGGCCUGCAGGGACAAACAGACUUUCAAUAGGGGCCAGAACCAAUCCCACUCAGAGGCCCACUAAAGCUGAUAACACAGUAUCAGACUCAUCAUUCCUGCUUUCACCAAGUGUUAUACGCGCUCUGGAAGGGGUGCACUACAUUGCAGACCAUCUGAGGGCUGAGGAUGCCGACUUCAGCGUGAAAGAGGAUUGGAAGUAUGUCGCAAUGGUGAUUGACCGCAUCUUCCUGUGGAUGUUCAUUAUUGUGUGCCUGCUUGGGACCAUUGGCCUCUUCCUACCCCCUUGGCUAGCUGGCAUGAUCUAGCUCAUGGGAGAAGGUGUGAGAAAAUCCAUAACCACCACUAGUUAGUGAAGUUCGACAUUCAAAAUGUAGCUGAACUCUCCUUCAAGACUCGGAAUGUGAAAAAAUGUAUGUAAUUUGCUGCGUUAGCGGGUUUUUUGUGUGUGCUACUUUUAGAUCCUUAUAACUAGCGUUACAUCAAAAGGGUCUGUCCUCUGUACAGUGUCCAUUUUAGGGGAUCUCAGACUCAGCUUGCCACUUGGAUCAACUUCCAUCCAUCUAAGCUGCACUUUGUUGACCUCACCUGUAAUGUUACUUUGGUUGAGUUUGACCUAAAUGCUAACAUUAGCAUGUCAACAUGCAUACUCUUGUUAAUAUGUUAACGUGCCAGUGUUUAGUAUAUCGUCUCUUUCAGCAUGUCAGUUAGCGUCACAUGCUAGCUAAAGUAGCAUGGAGCCAGAGUCAGUGCUGGAUAAAGUGUUACAGUAAUGUGAUUACUUUUCUCUGUUGUUUGAAGAAUUCUAGUUGUAAAUGUAGUGAUCUAUGGACUGUAGCUAAACAGCUCCAAUAGCUGGCUGAGAGCAGCCCGCCACAAUGAGAUGCUAGGUGUGUGACUAAUUGAAAAACUCUGAGUGAGAAACCUCAUUCCACCUUUCUUUGGUUUAGACCAACAUUGGCAUAUACUGGACUAGACACACUAACUGGGGUAAUUUGUUGUGCUUUGGGGAGAAUUUCCCAUUUUUUUACCUGUUUUCUUUCUCACGCCGCCAUGAUUACAAUUAUUUUUGAAUGACCAUACUGUGUAAUAAAUACCCUCUUGAAACCUUU